AUGAGAGUGAUGGGCGAUGAGAGUCCGUACGACAAGGCGGAGUUUAUCGGCGGCAGCAUGGCGGGCACAGCGAUGCACGCGCGCCCCUCCGUGCCGCUGCCCGCGUCCCCUGCGCCCCUCUCGUCGCUCGUCGAGCCCGCCAGCCUCGCGCCCACUGGGUCAGCGUUGCUUCCGCCACCGCCGCCGCCCGAAGCCGGUUUGCCUUCGCCCGUGCUCAGCGGCGCCUCGCCGCCCCACCGCACGGCGCUCGACGCACAACUUGACCAGAUGCAUGCCGUCAUUGGUUUAAAAGGAUUGGAGCAUCCUAGUAGUAGCAAGCAUGAUGUCAAGGGAGGGGUGCGCGCAGUCGCCGCCGCCGCCGCUGGCGCCGCCCGUGCCCAGCGUCGCGCUCGCGUCCGUGCCCAGUGGCCCACCCGCGCCCGCGCCGCUUCCGGCGCCGGGCGGUGCGGUUGGCGCGGGGGUGGGGGGGGGGGGGUUGCAGAUGGCGCGGUGGGUGUAGCGGGUGCGGAGGGCGCGACGGGUGGUAAGCGGUCGCGCUCGCCGUCGCCCGCCGCGCAUCUGCGGCCAGCCGCCGAGCUGCACCGUGAGCUGCGCUCCGACCUGCUCAAGAUCAUUCGCCAAGGCAUGAUGUCAACGGAGGGGUGCGCGCAGUCGCCGCCGCCGCCGCUGGCGCCGCCCGUGCCCAGCGUCGCGCUCGCGUCCGUGCCCAGUAGCACACCCGCGCCCGCGCCGCUUCCGUCGCCGGGCGGUGCGGUUGGCGCGGGGGGUGUGGGGGUUGCAGAUGGCAAGCGGUCGCGCUCGCCGUCGCCCGCCGCGCAUCUGCGGCCAGCCGCCGAGCUGCACCGUGAGCUGCGCUCAGACCUGCUCAAGAUCAUUCGCCAAGGUCCUUCCAACGACGAGCCAAAGAACGUGAUGGAAAUAGAAGCAAAGCAGAGUGGCACAAAGGUCGUAAAGUUAAUUGUUUUACGAAAAGUGAAAACCCAAAAUGACGACGCUGAUAGUACUCCAGAAAAAGCAAGCAAGCUAGAAAAGAAAGACGAUGAUGGGCCAGACUCUAGCGGCUCCCGCUCCGAUGAUUCACAAGAUGGACGUUCGCACGCUACCGUCAUCAGCGAUUUAAAGUUCCAACGUGCGUCGCACCUGUUUCGCCGCCAGAAUACACACGCUGAAAAACGUCCCUUUAAAUGUGGCAGCUGUGGACAUGAUUUUGAGCACUCCGAUGACGUGCUCAAGCACAGCAGAAUCUGCAAACGAGAGGAGCAAAUAGUGGACAUAACGGAGGAGUCAGCGAUAAUCAAGGUCGAGAGCAAGUCCGAUGCUAGUGACGUGUCGCCGCGCAGUGAGGCGCGCAGCCCGCGGCCGCCCGCACCGAAAAGGGGACGUGGCCGCCCGCCGAAGCGGGUACCCAAUUUCAUGCACAAGAAGAAACUCGGUACUCCAGAAAAAGCCAGCAAGCUAGAAAAUACAGACGAUGAAGAGCCAGACUCUAGCGGCUCCAGCUCCGAUGAUUCACAAGAUGGACGUUCGCACGCUACCGUCAUCAGCGAUUUAAAGUUCCAACGUGCGUCGCACCUGUUUCGCCGCCAUGCUGGCGAAACAGACACUGAAAAACAUCCGUUUAAAUGUGGCAGCUGUGGAUGUGAUUUCGCGCGCUCCGAUGACGCGCUCAUACACAGCAGAAUUUGCAAACGAGAGGAGCGAACAGUGGACAUGAUGGAGGAGUCAGCGGUAAUCAAGGUCGAGAGCAAGUCCGAUGCUAGUGACGUGUCGCCGCGCAGUGAGGCGCGCAGCCCGCGGCCGCCCGCACCGAAAAAGGGACGUGGCCGCCCGCCGAAGCGGGUACCCAAUUUCAUACGCGAGAAGAAGAAGCUCGAUAAGAAGAUCUGCAAGUCCAAAAGAGUUGUGUUGAAACCGAGACCCGUUUUCAAGCCUCAGCUCACUCUGGCAGAACAGCAGCUGCAACUUAAAAGGACUCGUGGAAGGCCACCCAAGAACUACUACAAUCGGAAAAAAGAUAUCCACAAAAAACCGUCUUUAAUUAUGCAGGGUACCCUAUUUAAUAGCACCUCCCAGAAUAUGCAAACUGUUGACCUACAAAACCUGGAAGAUUCUUCAUCAGAGGUUAUCACGGGAUCUUUGUCUCCGAUAUUGCGAUCGGAUGGGGACCCCAACAGGAACGUUAACCUGUCACCUUUCUACGGGUUUGUAAAUCCGACGAAAAACGUAUUCAAUCCAUUAACCGAUGUUCACCACACCUCGUUUGACGAUAAAAACAGUUCGCAAGAGGAGCCUGAAGUAAUUGUGCCACACGUUUUUAUGCAGACACAAAUAGAGUCAGAAGAAAAUGUACCCUCCAUUGGUAUGGAGACCACUAUCAUGUCCGAAAAAGAAAUUGUAAAAUCGAUCUCAAACAAAGAAGAGAUAAAGGACAAAAGGGAUCAAGUACAGACGGAAGCAAAUGUAUCAACGUCCACGACCAGUUCUGUAACAAUCACUUCCAUAAUAUCUUUAAAGGACAAUGUUCAACAACCAGUUGAAGAUAUAUAA